UCCAGCAUCAGUUGCUUCGCUCUACUGCCAUUCGCAAAUCUUCUCUUGCGGCCUCAUGGGAAAGUGAGAAACUCAUACAGGUUUUGAAGGACAUGAGGACAAAUUAUGAGGCUACCCGUCUCCCCCCACUUCAUCUCGCUCUGUCUCUCUCUCUGAUCGGAGGUAAGAGGCUUGCCGGUUGAAGCUCAGUACAGCACGACCCAAUCUGACUAAUCUGAUUAUCUUAAAAUGGACUCCAAUCAAUCAUGAGCUAACAUGAGACACACACACAAGCGGGCCUAGUGCUAGUGAGAUCAGAGAGUUACUUGUUCCAAUCAGCAACAAGUUAAAAGUGUAGGGCAGGAAACAAUCAUGACCGAGUGAAAGCCUUCAAGGUUUGUGUUUAUGUCCCUUCCACCUCUUGACACUAUUAUGACCUUGAAGAUGACACUUGUGGUGCUGUAACAUGUCCUGAUGUACCGUAAAUGAAUAGGUAAUAAAAAAGUAAAUGGGGCCUUAAGGGUGUAUAUGGAGAGUGAGACAAAAGAUAUAUGUGCUUCGUCUUCUUUGUCCGGCACAUAGCACGUGUUGGGUCAAAAGGUGAACUUUGUUUCCAGUGCUCCAAGUUCCAACAGCCCUCUGAUUAAUGCGAGCUGACCACAUAGUGUUUAAUAGGGCUGUGGUCAAAGCUAAGCCAAUAUUGCCAGUGGCUGCAUAGAGGUCUUCUUUCUGUUAGGACCAUUAAUGGGGCCAGUAAAAGGAAAGGAAAGAUUUAACUGGAUCAACUGACAGGCAGCGACAUUCAAAAACAGACCAAACCAUUACUUUACUUUGAGGGAAAAACAUAGUGUAAAACAUACAGCACCGUUCAAAAGUUUGUGGUCGGUAUUAUUUUUUUUUAAUGGCUUAUGCUCACCAAGGCUGCAUGAGUGUACAGUGAGUGUACAGCUUGUAUAACAGUGUAAAAUUGACAACAUCACGGAGCUGGUGGAUGUUAGAGACCUUGUGCUCCUCCACCUUCCGUUUGAGGAUGCCCCACAGAUGCUCAAUAGGGUUUAGGUACCCUCAGCUUCUUUAGCAAGGCAGUGGUCGUCUUGGAGGUGUGUUUGGGGUCGUUAUCAUGUUGGAAUACUCCGAAGGGAGGGGAUCAUGCUCUGCUUCAGUAUGUCACAGUACAUGUUGGCAUUCAUGGUUCCCUCAAUGAACUGUAUCUCCCCAGUGCCGGCAGCACUCAUGCAGCCCCAGACCAUGACACUCCCACCACCAUGCUUGACUGUAGGCAAGACACACUUGUCUUUGUACUCCUCACCUGGUUGCCGCCACACACGCUUGACACAAUCUGAACCAAAUAAAUUUAUCUUGGUCUCAUCAGACCACAGGACAUGGUUCCUUAGUCUGCUUGUCUUCAGCAAACUGUUUGCGGGCUUUCUUGUGCAUCAUCUUUAGAAGAGGCUUCCUUCUGGGACGACGGCCAUGCAGACCAAUUUGAUGCAGUGUGCGGUGUAUGGUCUGAGCACUGACAGGCUGACCCCCCACCCCUUCAACCUCUGUAGCAAUGCUGGCAGCACUCAUACGUCUAUUUCCCAAACACAACCUCUGGAUAUGACGCAGAGCAUGUGCACUCAACUUCUUUGGUCGACCAUGGCGAGGCCUGUUCUGAGUGGAACCUGUCCUGUUAAACCCUGCAGCUCAGUUUCAGGGUCUUGGCAAUCUUCUUAUAGCCUACGCCAUCUUUAUGUAGAGCAACAAUUCUUCUUUUUAGAUCCUCAGAGAGUUCUUUGCCAUGAGGUGCCAUGUUGAACUUCCAGUGACCAGUAUGAGAGAGUGAGAGCGAUAACACCAAAUUUAACACACCUGCUCCCCAUUCACACCUGAGACCUUGUAACACUAACGAGUCACAUGACACCGGGGAGAGAAAAUGGCUAAUUGGGCCCAAUUUGGACAUUUCCACUUAGGGGUGUGCUCACUUUUGUGGCCAGCGGUUUAGACAUUAAUGGCUGUGUGUUGAGUUAUUUUAAGGGGACAGCAAAUUUACACUGUUAUACAAGCUGUACACUCACUACUUUACAUUGUAGCAAAGUGUCAUUUCUUCAGUGUUGUCAUAUGAAAAGAUAAAUAUUUACAAAAAUGUGAUGGGUGUACUCACUUCUGUGAGAUACUGUAAGAUAUCAUGUAAAUCUUAUAAUUUUUCCUCCUUCCAUUUUGCACUUGUUUAAUAAUCAAAAUAUCAAUUUAAACAUAAAUUCUCUCCAUACAUUUUUUUCUAGCCAUUUCCAAAAAAAUGUAUGGGACUAUAUGGUGAUUUUUGUAAUGACCUAUCAUCACCUAUCAUUGUAACCAUUGUAAUCUGGCAGUGUGUGACUUCAUGUACUUUAAAUCAUUGGCUGAGCUGUUAUGUGUCUGAGCUCUAUGGCUAAAUGUCAUGUUUUCAAAUUUAAUCGUUUUAUUGCCUUGGGCCAUUUCUAAUUUACGAAUUAAUAUUUAACAUUUUGGUCAAACUAAUUUGUAUAAAUUAGUUUGUAUAAAUUUCAAUAAAGGUCAGAGCACUGCUCCAGUUCUGGAGGACUCCUCAAGGAUAUAGUCGUAAUCUUCACAGGCUUACCGCUUACCACUCCACAGGCUCUGAAUGAGUACCUCACAGCUCCCUCUCUCUUGUUUCAUAUAUCUCCAUCCUUUCAUUUUUUUUCUUUUGACCACAGCUUCUCAUAAUAACAGCUUGGUGACCUUGUAACCUUUUAUCCAGAUCUUCUCCAGGAGGCCUUUAAGCGCUUCUAUAUCUGACCCACAAAUAUCAUGCUGAAAUGUAGUUUUUAUGUCAGCAAGCUAUAAUAAAAAAAGUGUAAUAGUGUUGUGCUAUAGGACACAAUGUCGCAAUGAACAAAGGUAUCGUGGCUUAGGGCUUCCUGGGAACUCAAAUCUCUUUUCACCUGUUGGGCAUUCCUUGCCAAGCUUAUAAACUCAAGAAAGAUCAAGAAGAAGGGAGGAGGAGCAGGAAAGAAAGAGGGACACACUAACACUUGGGAUUUUUUAAUGUGACAUGAGGACGUGUUACACUAAUGGUUUAACACCAUCAUCUUAAACCUCUUGCAAAAGUUGCUGUGUGAUCUUCAUAUUGUUCGCCUUUCUGUCCAUUGUGUUAACUUAAUACUCUUUUAGUGUCACACAGAUGUAUGUAGAGACAUUAAUAUUUUUCCUAUUUAAAAAGUUUUUAAUAAAUAAAUAGUACCUCUGAAAAAAUGAGAUUUUAGUCAUGCCAGUAGCUGAACAAAAUCUGUUUAUUUGACCUCAACAAUGUGGCUAUAUUGAGGUUGUAUAACCAGCCAAAUACCACUCAUUUAUUUUGGUUACUAUUACCUGACAAUUUUUUAAUUUUGGAAUAUUAAUCAUGGUGUGAAUAGUGGAUUUCGGGUGACUGCCGUAUUGGCCAGCGUAACAAAAAAAUUACAGAGUGCACCUGAGGAGACGAAAUGGAGCAGGGCAGUACAGGUCCAGUACAAUCUGUUACAUUUGUUGGCUCACUGUUGAUCCUACACAGACAGUUGGAUCAAAUGCUCAGCUUAAUUCUAAACAAUCACGCAACCUAUCUAUUGUAAUAUCUGUCACAGUAUCGCAUUAAAAAUAGUCUGCCAACCAUUCACAGUUAGACUCAGAGAGUAGAGAUAGCUAAAAUGAUUUUAAAAAUCAAUAAAAUUGCUAAUGUCUAAUGCUGUGACUGAGAGUGGGAGAAUAUAUUUUGGUAAAUAUUUCAAUCUACUUCAAAUUGUCAAUCAAUAUGUUACUGGGUCACAAGCUCACAUUCAUACCGAGGAGACAAAAUGCCUUUUGCCAUGUAUGUGUGGAUUAUAGGCUAAAGAGGGUUAAGAAGUCACCACUUGGAUUCCCGGCCUGCCCCUCCUUUCUCCUCUGCUCGUUCCUUGUCUCUUGCGAUAUCUCUCUCUCUCUCUUGCUCUCUCUCUCUGUGUAAAUCUGCCUGUUCCCAGUAAGACCCAGGAUUCAGAGAGGCUCUUGUUCCAGUGGCCUCCCCCAUUAGGCUCUCCAGAUUGGGGCAGGACUCAGUCAAAUAGAGGGCCUCCAGGAACCACAAACCAAAAAUCAACUCUCCAUUGUAAAAAGAGAAAGUUCUGGUCUCUCACUGGCUCUUCCCAGACUCUCUGUGUUCUAAUGGAGCACUCAUCAUGGCUCUCAUUUAGCCACACACACCAGACAGUGAUGGCUGGUUAUUGUGCAGUAGUUUUGGGCUAGUGCCCCUCAGUGGGUAGAACCCAAAUCGAGAGCUGGGUGUUUUGAGCGUGUUUUUUAAUCAGCCUUCAUACUGUUGCUGACAAAAUAUUCACAUAAACACACAACAUCUCUCAGUGCCACCUUUUUUUUUUUCAUUGUCCCUGACAUUUAACAGUAGAAAAAAAAAAAUGGAAAUGGAUGACCACAGAAACUCUAGCUUUCUUUGCCAGUCCCACCACCCACGAUGGCAACCACAGUCUUCAGCAGGGAAGCAACGACGAAAACCAACCUCAAAGCGAAAAGCAAGAAGCCCUGAUGACCCAGCGAGCCCAGUGUCCUCGACCCCAGUGCUACGCAGCCACAGCUGGUGGGGGAACUGUUUGCUCCUUCCUCUAGUCAUGCUAUCAUACUUGCCCUGUGAGGCCUGGGGCACCACCUUCAAAAUUGCCAUCGUAGGACCGUGGGCGUGCGACCCUAUGUACUCCAAAUCCCUGCCAGACCUGGCUGCCCGAUUAGCCAUUAGCCGCAUCAACAAAGACCCCGACCUCAACAAAGGCUACUGGUAUGAUUACACACUAAUUAAUGAGGAUUGCUCGAGCUCGAGAGGCCUGGCACGCUUUGCCGAGCUGGAGGGUUACGGUUCGGCCUUUCUUGGACCGGCAAACCCUGGCUACUGCACUGCUGCUGCACUGCUGGCAAAGAAUUGGAACAAGGGUAUCCUGUCCUGGGCUUGCCUGAAGGCUGACAUGAAUGAGGAAAUGUAUCCCACCUUUCUGCGGCCGCUCCCGUUGUCUUCUCGUGUGCUCUUCUCUGUGCUGCGCUUUUUCCGCUGGGCACAUGUUGGGAUUAUAACAGCGGAGAACGACAUGUGGGAAGCGACUGGGCAUGAACUUGCAGCAUCCCUGCGUGCUCUUGGUCUGCCAGUUGGCACGGUUGUUACCAUGGAAGCGGACAAGGAAGGACCACGACGAGCCCUAAAGGCAAUACGAGAGACAGAUCGCGUGAGGGUUGUCAUCAUGUGCAUGCACUCUGUUCUGAUUGGUGGAGAGGAACAGUAUCAGUUGCUAACCACAGCAAUGGACAUGAGAUUGAUUGACAGAGGAUACAUCUUCAUUCCAUAUGACACACUGCUGUAUUCAUUGCCAUAUAAAAAUGUGAACUAUCCAGUCCUGGCCAAUGACACCAAACUGCGACGAGCAUACGAUGGGGUCUUAACAAUAACCAUGGACCAAGGGGAACAAAACUUCUAUGAGGCCUUUAAUGCAGCACAGGGAUCCUAUGACAUCCGCAGCAGCACACCAGCUGAAGAGGUUUCUCCAUUUUUUGGGACCAUCUAUAACAUGAUCUAUUACACAGCCAUGGCUGCAGAGCAGAGUCGUGCUGCGAGUGGAGGGCGCUGGGUAUCUGGUGAUACACUGGCUAAAAACGACGGUGGAUUUGAAUUCAAUGGCUUUAACCAACGGAUAUCAGCAGGUACUGAUGGAGAAGGAAUGCAGGCACGCUACGCUGUCCUGGAUUCAGAUGGCUCUGGCUCCAGCCUACACCGCACGCAUGCCCUGGAAGCACCACACACUUAUGGAAAAUAUGGAGGGUUGAAGUACUUGGGAAAAUCGAUUCAUUUUGCUGGAGCAUCUCCGAGAAGUGACUCAAACUGCUGGUUCAGCCCUUAUAUCGCUUGUAGUGGAGGCAUAGAUGGAGUGACCCUUUUAUUCCUCCUCUUGUUCAUUGUGUUGGUAGGUGGAGCAGGUGUCCUUUUUCUCCAUGUAAGGAAACAUGGUCAGGUGGGGAUAUUAGGAGCAUUUGGUGGAGGAGGAGUCGGAAGUCCCACUAAGAUAGUGCUGACACUGGAUGACUUGGUCUUCAUCAAUACCACACUCAGCAGGAGGAAGCUGAAUGAGGAGAGUAUGGUGAAGAGUCAACUAGAUGUUAAAACCCCAGGCCACUCAGUUUCUGGUCGCAGUUACAUUACGUCAACUCCUGAAACGUCCAACGUUGCUGUAUUUGAGGGUGACUGGGUCUGGCUGAAGAAAUGUCCCUGUGGAGAUUCUGUUACAGAAAUCAAUGAGAGCACACAGGGCGUCUUUACCAAGCUGAGAGACAUGCGUCAUGAGAAUCUGAACUUGUUUCUGGGUCUGUUCUUGGAUACUGGCAUAUUUGGCAUUGUUACGGAGCACUGCACCAGAGGCAGCCUGGAAGACCUGCUCAACAACGAGGAAAUGAGACUGGACUGGAUGUUCAAAUCCUCUCUCCUCCUUGAUCUGAUCAGGGGAAUGAAGUACUUGCAUAAUCGUGGGGUUAUUCAUGGACGCCUGAAGUCAAGAAACUGUGUGGUAGAUGGUCGGUUUGUUCUGAAGGUUACAGAUUAUGGCUUCAAUGAAAUCAUCUACUGUCAAAACAUCAUCUUGGAGGACAGCAAACCGGAGGAUCAGUUUUGGACGGCUCCAGAGAUCCUGCGGAAUCCUAAUCUGAAGAGGAAGGGGACGUAUGCAGCAGAUGUAUACAGCUUUGCUAUUAUCAUGCAGGAAGUGAUCUCUCGCUGCGCACCCUUCUGCAUGUUGGAUAUGCCUCCUGAAGAAAUCAUAGAUAAGGUGCGCUCUCCACCACCGCUGUGCAGACCCACUGUGUCUGUGGAUGAAGCUCCGCUGGAGGUGAUUCAGAUCAUGAAGCAGGCCUGGAGUGAGGAGCCUGACAAGAGACCCACGUUUGAGGAGAUCUUCAGACAGUUUAAGAAUGUGAACAAGGGAAAGAAGACAAAUAUAAUUGACUCAAUGUUAAGGAUGCUGGAGCAGUACUCCUCAAACCUGGAGGAUCUGAUCCGAGAGAGGACUGAAGAACUAGAGGUAGAGCGUCAGAAAACUGAUGCUCUCCUAGCUCAGAUGCUGCCCAAGUCUGUGGCCUUGGCAUUAAAGACAGGGAAGCCAGUGAAACCGGAGCACUUUUCAGACGUCACACUAUAUUUCAGUGAUAUUGUGGGUUUCACCACCAUCUCUGCUCUGAGUGAACCUAUUGAAGUGGUCGAUCUGCUUAACGACCUCUACACACUCUUUGAUGGGAUCAUAGCAAUCCACGAUGUCUACAAGGUUGAGACUAUUGGUGAUGCAUACAUGGUGGCAUCAGGGGUUCCAAACCGUAAUGGUAACCGGCAUGCAGCAGAGAUGGCCAACAUGUCUCUGGACAUUCUACACUGCAUCGGAACAUUUCAAAUGAGGCACAUGCCUGACGUCAAAGUCAAAAUCCGCAUUGGACUCCAUUCUGGUCCAGUGGUGGCAGGUGUAGUUGGGUUGAAGAUGCCUCGGUACUGUCUGUUCGGGGACACAGUAAACACAGCCUCCCGAAUGGAAUCCACAGGAUUGCCUUACAGAAUUCAUGUCAACCAGAGUACUGUUGAUGUCCUGAACAGCCUCAAACUUGGCUAUAAAAUAGAUAGUAGGGGCAGGACAGAGCUCAAGGGUAAAGGUGUAGAGGAAACAUAUUGGUUGGUUGGGAGGGAUGGAUUUAACAAGGCACUACCUGUACCGCCAGACCUUACUCCUGGGGCGAGCAACCAUGGUAUCAGCUUGGAUGAGAUUCCGACAGACAGGCGGCAGAAAUUCUUGGAUCGACAGAAGAAGAUGGGGAACUGAGGUUGUGAUGCUCAUGUUUCUGCACCAGCCUAUCGAAUUUAGGAGAAAGUGGGGCAAGGGGAUGAAAGGAGUGGAUUGAGGUGUUCAAAAACCCCUCAACUACCCUUUUUCUACUUGAAUCAUUCCUAAAAAGAGUGGAAAACCUCACUAGGACAUCUGACAAGAAGCACAAACACUUGAACUCUGAACACCAGUCCAUCAAAACCAUCAGCUCAACAAGAUGGCAUGUACCAACUGCUAUGGAUGGUCACAGAGAACUCUUUUUUUUAACUGUAUAGAGUUUAUAUUGCAGUUCAUCCAAUACUAAAUGAAAGACACUGCUGAGAUCACAGCUCAUCAAGACGUGAAAAUGAGAACAGCAGCACAUGCCUCAUUCAUCUCUGCAGUUAUAUGAUCCCUCCAGUUAAUCCACUUCUACAAAGAGAUGUCGUUUCUUUAUUUCAUUGUUUAUAAAACAAUGCUAAAACAACAAAUUGAAGGUGCUUGUUUAUAAUGGCACCUGACAAUUUAGUUAUAAUUCUGUGGAAAUAACAGCAAUAAUAUCCAUGUGUUGGAAUUAUUUGAAAUACUGUGUUGAAUUUAUUUGCUAGGAAUAUCAGGCUUUAAUAACUAGGUGUUAGUUAAAAAAUAACUUCUUCACAUUCUUCACAUUUUCUUUUUGAAAAUGCUUUCAUUCAGUUUCAUUUCAUGACUGUUUGGCCUUUAUAGAAAGUAAAAUGCAGUCAGAGCAGUUUUCAUGGCCAAGAAAACAUCUUUCAAACCCAAGAUUAUAUGGCAGACAAUUACUUUGGUAUCAUUUGAGUAGGUUACCUCAAUUGUCCUUUUUGAAUAAGAGAUACUUUAAAAAGGAAACUCGUGAGCUGAGACACAAAUUGUCAGGUUUAUAAUAGCAUGGCACAUUAUCCUGAUACUCGGCACAUUCCAUGCAUAAUAACGUGAUGUCAAAAUCUGCUUCAGAGUCCUGAAAUAAUACCAAAGAAAAUGUAUCAGAGAUUUAUCCAAAGAUUUUCUCAGCACUAUUUUGCCUGCUGCUCAUACACUCUGACUCAGUAAAUUUAGUAUGUGCCCCAAAAGGGUCAUUAUUUGAAGGAACACCAUGACGGAGAGAAUUUUAAAUGUGUGGUCUGGAUAUCUUCAUUAAGAUAGGAGGGUUCUGGUGCCUGUGGCUGUCCAGGAUGACGUUCUGUCACCUGAUACCUAAACCACAAUCAGGGGAGCUACAGUCACAGCAGGAUGUAGCUGAAUUUCAAUUGCAAAUCGCACCAUUUUAUUCUGUUGUCUGUGAUUAUGUAAAUAAAAGCUGGUUUUAGUGAGUGUGCAGAUUCUUUCAUGUGCUUAUUUAGCUCCAUAUCAGUAAGUGAAUCCUCAAUCUAUGUAGUUACUGAAUUAUGAAAUGUAAAUCUUUGAAAUACACAAGUAGCCGAAGUACCGCUCCACUAUUGGAACUUCAAAACUGUAUAAAAUAAUAAUAAUUUUUAUAAGCAACAAAAAGGUUGUACGAUUUUCUUAUCAUAUAGUUUGUUUGUUUGGACAGUUUCAGAUAACAUGUCAGUACAAAGUCUUCUUCCAGCAAAAAAACGGAUGUUUCUCCCACAAUGAACAAGAGUUACAGGUAUAAUGAGGAUGUCAACAUAGAAGAAACAAAAGAUCCUAGUUUUAAUUCUACCAAGAUGGAUUAUUAUUACUUUAAGCAUUUAGUAAAGUUGUAUAUCCGUGCUAUGAUUAAAAAAAGGAAAGACAUCUCUGUUUUGCGUGCAUAUGUCAAGGCUAAUAUGACUGAUUGAUAAAGACGCACGGAGGAUUGGGUGUCAACUCGCGCUCGGGUGACUCGAGUAAACGGAGUCUGAGCUGAAUUAUAAUUCGCCUAGAACUAGGACAUGUUGGCUCCGCCUACUUAUCAAAAAACAUCUCGCUGAUUGGACACAGAAACGUAAAAGAGGCGGAGUCCAUGGGUGUGUCACGAAGCGUGACCAAACUAUGAUUGGCUUUCGUCUCCCUCUAUCAGAAUCCGAAUAGCGGCUCCUAGAGCCAAACCACAUUUUACACAUUCAGGAACUGUCUCUGGUAAAGUGUCGCUGAUACUAACACAGGAUAAAUAAUAUUGUGCUGUCUUGGUCAUUGUUUUCAAAUCGAAGAAGUUUAAAUAGUCCGUCAAGAAACCAAACGCCUUAAUUUGACCUUAGAGCAAUAAUUUCCUUAUGUUUUCUUUUAAAUAAUGUGUAAAUGAUAAGGGUCUUUCUUCUUUGAAAUAAGACGAACACAAUUCCGAUUAAAUCGACGGAGAACUCACUUGACAUGCACUUCACGGACUUCCACGGAGUACAGUAACAUAAGGAGACAAAAACACCAUUCUGCAGUUAGAGGGAUGGAGGACAGGAGGCACCUGCCUCCAGAUGGAGGUGGAAAUCCCAAGCGCUCCGUCUCAGCAGAGUGCGACACGGAGGAAAAAGCGGUCAGGAAAGAGCAGGAUGACCCAGAGACCUCGACACAAAUGCGUGUGAGAAAAGACGAUCUCUGUGAUGUUCCUCGCAAGGUGCCUCGUUUCCAGUAUGUGGAUUUCCCUUCCCUGCACCAGUGCAUCCAACAGCUUUCUGUGCCUCCGCUGAAUGGCUGGCUGGGAUCCUGUUCAUUGGCAAAGGCAGCAAACUAUAGGCCCGCCAGUCCUAAAGAAAAGGUGCCCAAGUUUAAAUACGUGGACUAUCCAUCUCUCCACCACUGCAUUCAGCAGCUGUCUGUGCCUCCAUUAGAAAGCUGGAGUGCAGGUCUGGUCAGCUUCAAUGCAGAGGGGAGACAGGAGGGGUCUGGAUUGCAGAAGAGAUCCUCUCAACCUGGGACUGUGAGGAAGAACCAGAGGAAUGAGGCAGGAGAUCAAAACAACGAGGACAGGAGUAGAGUUACAGCAUUUCCUUUCCCAAGAGACACACACACCUCAGUCUCAGGCAAGCAGGAGAGGCCUCAACAUGACUACACCUCAGAGGUGCCACAAAGGUCCUGUGCUAUGAAACCAGAAGCUGGUUUGCGAUCAGAUUGCGGUUCCAGGUUAGAAUCUGGUUCUGGAUCUCAGAGCAACACAGCGGUGGUGAGAAAUGACAGGCCGUCAGUUAUUAGCAUGGUGCACACGGAUAAGCAAAAGCACUGGACAAAGGCAGAUCACCUGGAAGAACAAUUGAACUCUCCAGAUUCAGUCGGACAGGUACCGUGGAAUACCCUCCCAGAGUCAGUCUGCCCAUUCUGCCAACAGAUGUUCACAAACCCUGAACAGUUCAGGGCUCACCAGAGGAGCCAUAAAGACAAGAGACCAAAUUGAUGUGCAGAAGUACUGAGUGACAGCUGCCUUUGCAAACAGUUAAUGCCACAUCAUAUGGAAUCUCAUCAUCAGAGGCCUUCUUGUGACUGCCUAUAGUGAGGCUCGCUGGCAGGACAAUAUGGAGAUCAAAGACAUGCUAAACACAUUAGACAGUUUGGGUUCAGACCUUAGGGAAAAUGCAAGCCUUUGUCUUGAUUUAUGGUGUGAAGUCUAAAAAGGCAGAAACUGACAGACAGAAACACAAGCAUACAAUAUGCAUGCUUGUUUGCACACACCUAGGCGUGUACACUUGCAAUGAUGCUGACACACACACACACACAGAGAGAGAGAGAGAGAGAAUGUCUUAUUCAUGAUUUAGAAGAGGUCAAUAUUUACUUCCCCACAAGGACCAUCAGACAUAAUGGGUUUCAGCUCACGACAGGGGAUUAGAAACAGAUUUGUAGUCUCUUCCACACAUAUAUCAGUGUGUUUACAGGGGUGGGUGAAGCUCGAUGAACUGGUGCAUAAGAGGAUGAAUUUUAUUACAUAUGUGUUCCCCACACUGUGUGCAUGGUGGCAGGCUAAAUAUUUAGCUUUUGGUGCCUACAAAAUAAUGGCUAUUGUUAAUGAUGCACAAACAAACAAGCUUGUUAAUGAUUUGUUACAUUAGCUUUUUAUUGUUUUGUAUUUUUUUAUGUUUUUGGAAAUUAAUGUCUAGUGGCUUCGAGCUGGUAGCUUUAAAUAUUAAAAAAAAAAAAAAUGUACCACUUGUUUUCAAGUGUUUAGUUGUGUGAGUAAAAAUUUUUCAUACAGAAACAAAUGUUUGACUUUUCAGUACAGAUAUGCCCUGUGCAAAGAAAACCUGUUUGGCAGGUUACCUCUCUGUUUUAAUGUUUUAAGCUUUAUAUAAACAAAAGAGCUAAACAACUACAGUAACAAAACUCACUAUUUAUAUUUUAAACCUCGUCUAAUUUUUUUUUUUUUUUUUAAAUAGCAUAAAAAGUGUUUUACUUUUUGUUUACUUUGUAAACUUUUAAUGUACAUAAAGUAUUUACAUUAUAGUGAUAUACUGACCAGCUAAAAGCAUCUGUUCAUUAUUAAGAACUACACAUUAAUAACUCGUAGUUUAAGUAAUUUACAUGUUAUCCGAUUUAAAUCUGGUCAGCAUGUAAAAAGAAACAGUAACGAUAAUUGUCUUUUUAUGAAUCUCACAAACCAAAUACAGAUUUACAUAAAGGAAUCCCUCUUUUAAUUUACAAAUAGACAAAAGAUUUCAAAGCACCAAAGAUAUGGUUAUAAUGUCAUAAACCUUCAUAGUAACUUCAGGGGAGUUUUCCAGAAAGCAAGGUUAACUUACCGUCACAUACACCUUGAACUCUCGGUUUAUUAACCUAAACCUUGCUUACUCGAGGUAUGCUGGUUCCAAAAACGCGUCCGGGAGUAAGUUCAGCCAACCCAGAGUAUGUUUCCGGUUAACACACAAGAGCGACGAAUCGAUGAUUCACCAUGGAAACAGACGCUAAUUCUACUUCCUUCUUCUUUUGUUUAAUGGCGAUUUACAUAACCUACUUAGUGCACAUCGCCACCUAUUGUGUGGUUGUACAAUCAUUUUUUUCAAUCUUUCCAUUUAAUACGUAUUGUUUAUUCACUGAGAAUAAGAAUUAUAUUGUUUGUUUAAUGCUAAUUAUUUAUUAAGAUCACAUAUGUAUUUUAUUAUAGAAAUUAUAGCAUAGAAAACGUCCUGUUAUAAAAAGUAAAAAAAAAAGUAGAUCCAUGUGUGAGAUGAUAAUAAAAUAAAUACAUAUAUUAUUAGAAUUGGAUAAACAUUUAAACAUUACCGCUUUAUAAUAUAUAUAUAUAUAUAUAAAAGUAUAAUAUAAUAUGGUAUAUAUAACUGUAACUGUAAUAUGGUAUAUAUAACUAUAUAACAAAAUUAGUUACAUUAAUAUAACUAUAUUAAUUAUAUAACAACGCAUCUGAAUACCUCUUAAGCAAACUAACCCUGGAACAUAACCUGCUCUGGAGAGUAAGAUACUAUGGCUACUUACAUACCCUGAAAUUAUACCUCAGUUUUUAGAACUGAAAGUUAAGGUUAUCUGCUUAAUCACUCUUAAACAUACCCAGGUAUGUGACAUAACCUUUCUGGAAUUCCCCUCAGGACUUUCCAGAACUCAGCUGUGGGCUGUUCCUGAAAACAAAUGCUAUAAACAAAACACUUUCAUUUCUACACAGAACAACGGAUCGACAACACAGCACAGAUAUUUACAGUGAGAAUUUUUUCUCACUUAAUCUUACGCAAACAGAUCAUAUGAAACGUACUAGAAGAACCAGGAAAACCUUGAAAAAUGCUAGUAUGAACACAAAUAAGGAAGAGCUGAGAAGUGUGAGACAAACAGUUAUACAGAGGGCUGCAAGAAGAAAGACAACAAUGGGAGCUGGUAAUUCACAGGUGUGCAAUCUGACUGAUGAUCUUGGCCAGGAGGGAAAUAUUUUAAAGGCACGUUCUCCUCCCUCUCAAACACUAUCACUAGUGGAUAACCAAACCGUCAACACUUCUGCAUCUCAAAAAGAUGGAAAAAACUCAGAUCCCACAAACACAGUGAGCACUGCAUAUUAACUUCAUUUAAUUGUCAUCAACUACAGUCUGAACUAAACCCAUAAGAGUCAAGAAGUUGCAAAUGUUUAUUAAUUAGCACCCAUGUCUUACAUUUCUCCAAAGUGCCCUGGUUUGUUCCUCUGCACUGAAACCUGCAUGUAUAAACGGGUGUACUACUAGUGAACUGCUUCACUGUACUCGAUGCCCGACCACUCAGCUCCUGUGUGGCUCCUGCCUCUACCCCUGCACUUCUGCUGGCUGCACCAACAAGCUGUGCCCCCUCAUCUCUACACUGCUAAUAUGUGAAGUGGUAUCAGAUCCAAAGAGUAAAGUGCAUGGUUGUCCAAUGUUCAGAGCCUGUCCCAAGUGUCACAAUCUGAUUAAGCAUGAAAAAGGAUGCAAGUUUGUAACAUGCGCAUCAUGCUUUUAUAGUUUCUGUUUCAUCUGCUUACAAGAUAACUGUAGCAAGGAUGCAGCAAACUACUGGUCACUAACUUGCACAAAGCAGAGAGCAGAAAGACAGAGAUUUUUAUCACCACAAUCCUGAACAGAGAUUCAUCCCAGGGUUGGAAACUCUUCUAAAAUGCAAAUCCAAGAAUUUUCAGUUGUUAUACAGAAGUGGACAAUAACUGAAUUACUUUCAAAAACUGAUUCAGGCUACAAAAGAAAUAUAAUAUAGCAUUGAUCCCAUAUUCCCCUGUACGUUGAAACUAUGCUUUGUCUUACAUCUGACCUGGAUUUUGGUUAGCAGACAUAACAACUCAAGUAUGGAAUUGAUUAUUAAAUGGCACAUCCUAUACAAUGCAACGUUAAUUUAAGUAGCACUUGUUGACGCUAGAAUACUUGCAUCUGUGUAAAAUAUUGUUAUUAGUGAAACUGUCUGUACAUUAUCUCUUACUAGGACAUUGUGCCACUCUAAUUCUUUUAUACCUAAAAAUGUCCGAUAUAUUGUCAUUUAAAAUGACAGUUCAGGGUACAAUAUAGAAAGAUACAUACAUGAUUUCAUUUUAAGUAUUUAAGAUUCUUAAUGGCAACCUGUGUGUGUAGCUUUAAAAGAGUGACUAUACACCUGUGUUGUUUUAUAAUUUAUUCAUUUACAAUCAAUCAUAAUCAUUUAUUUAAUUAUUCAAUUUAAUCAAAUAAUCAUUUAUUAUGCACAUUUUAAAGGAUUAGUUCACUUUAAAAUGAAAAUUCUAGGUGUACGCCAUCCUAGGUGUAUAUGACUUUCUUCUUUCAGACGAAUACAAUUUGGUUAUAUUAAUAAUCACCAUGAUGCUUCUAAGCUUUUUAAUGGCAGUGAAUGGGACCAACGAGUAUGAAGCACAAGAAAGUGCAUCCAUUCAUCAUAAAUGUAUACUCCACACUGCUCCAGGGGGUUAAUAAAGGCCUUCUGAAGCGAAGCGAUGCAUUUGUGUAAGAAAAAUAUCCAUAUUUAACACGUUAUAAAGCAAAAUAUCUAGUUUCUGCUAGACUGCCUUUCGUAUUCAACUUAAGAAGAAAGAUUAACUGACGUCGCGUCAGUUAUGCUUGAUUCAUAAGUUGGCAUAGGACGUAGCAUAAGCGUCUUGAACUGCUAGAGUUUUACACUUUCUUCCUAAGUUGAAUACGGAAGGUGGUCUGGUGGAAGCUAGUUAUUUUACUUUAUAACGUUUUAAAUAUGGAUAUUUUUCUUAUACAAAUGCAUCGCUUCACUUCAGAAGGCCUUUAUUAACCCCCCGGAGCCGUGUGGAAUACGUUUAUGAUGGAUGGAUGCACUUUUUUGAAUUUCAAACAGGUGGUUUCCAUGCACUGCCAUUAUAAAGCUUAGGAGCAUCAUGGUGAUUAUUAAUAUAACUUCGAUUGUAUUUGUAUGAAAGAAGAAAGUCAUAUUCACCUAGGAUGGCUUGAGGGUGAGUAAAUCAUGGGGUAAUUUUCAUUUUAAUGUGAACUAAUCCUUUAACUAUUUGAUCAUUUUUAUAUUAUUUAUUAUUUUACUGGUUUUUUUUAUUAUUUAAUCUUAUGAUUUUGGGUUUUCAAGGGAUAUUUGUCUUUACAAGUUAGAGUUGAAAGAUAACCUCAAAGAGGUUUUUAACAUCAUGUUGUGAAGCAGUAUUUUUCCCAUUGCAUUUGGUUUGGUAUAAUUUGUGGUGGUCAGACAAAGUACUGAAAGAAAGUCCAGACAAAUAUUGAAGUUCAGAGGAAGUCUGAGCAUUGAAACAUACGCAAGUUAGAUUAUUCAAUAAACCUUGUUAAUUUUUUAUCAUCA